AUGGUGGCCACGAUCGAGGACCUGCACGCGGACGUGCUGGCCUGCGCGCUGCGCCGCCUGGACGGGCGCUCGCUGGCCGCCGCGAGCUGCGCCACGGCGGGGCUCCGCGCGCUCGCCGCGGACCCGGACACGUGGCGCGCGCUCUGCCUCGCCGAGUGGCCGUCCCUCGCGGCCCAGCACUGGUUCCUCUCAGCGGUGCCGCCGCGCCGCCUCUUCGCCGACGCGUCCCCUUUCCCUUGCCCGGACGCCGGGGAGCCCGGCGCCGGCGGCCUCCCCGCGAGGCUCGUCUCCGCGGUGGACGUGUACUGCAGGGGCGCGCCCGUGCUGUCCCGCGUGGCGGAGACGCCCGCGUCGUCGCCGUGGUUCCUCAGCUCGCCGUUCCGCGUCGACGCCGUGGACUGCAAGAAGCCGGCGCCGGUGGCGGCGGCGUUCUCUCCGGCGGAGCUCGAGCUGAGCUGGGUGGUCGUCGACCCCGCCCGCGGCCGGGCGGUGAACGUGUCGAGCAGGCGGGCGGUGGCCCUGGGCCGGCACUGGUACACCGGCGAGACGCUGGUGUGGUUCGCGGUGGUGCUGGGCGGGUGCAACUUCGAGACCACCGUGGCCUGCUCCGAGGAGGCCGGGCACGUCAGCGAGGUCAGCCUCGCCGUGGAGAACGCCGACGGCGCGGCGGUGAGCGGCGAGGGCGCCCUCCGGCUUCUGGCCUCGGCAAUGGAGGGGCCGAGAAGGGGAGGCGAGAGAGAGCGGGAGGAGGCCAAGGCGAGGUACGAGGUGUUCGUCAAGAGCAAGAAGGGGGGCAAGGCGCGAAGAGAGGUGCUCGUUGACCUGUGCUGCUCCGCCGCCAGCGCCGUCGCCGUGAUGGCCUUCUUUGCCACCGUCGUGCUCCGGUAA